AUGGCUCCUUUAGCUGAACCUGCAGCAGAGCUGUCACACCUAGCCAAGGCCGACGGCUCUGUGACGUUCUCAUACGGGGGAUAUGCCGUGAUAGCCGCCGUCAACGGCCCCGUAGAAGCCCAAAGACGAGAUGAGAAUGCCUUCGAGGCUCUAGUGGACGUCAUUGUCCGUCCUGCCGCUGGCGUUGGAGGGACCCGUGAGAGACAGCUUGAGUCAAUCAUGCAGGCAGCGAUUAGGCAACUUAUCCCUGUGAGAGACUAUCCUCGGUGUGUGAUCCAGAUCACUCUUCAGGUUGCGGAGACACCUGAGAAUGCCUACGUCAACGCAAAACUGGUCCAGGCACAGUUGAAUCUCCCUAUCAUUCCUGCACUUCUGCACUCUGCCAUCCUGGGACUCCUCAGUGCUGCCAUCCCUCUGAAGAGUAUUGGCGUGGCGACCCUUCUUGCUGUUCCAGAAGAGGAGGGCAAGCCCAUCAUCGUCGAUCCAAGCGCUGUUGAUAUUGAUCAUGCCAAGUCAGUUCACGUUCUCGGUUUUACUUCUCAUAAUGAGUUGCUCUUGUCGGAGAGCGAGGGCGCCUUCACUCCCGCUGAAUGGGCCAAUGUUCUUCAGCUUGGACAACGUAUAUGUUGCGAGCAUCAACAGCCUGGUUUCGAUACAACCAUGUCCGGCGAUGACGAGUCAAGAAGCAUGAGACAGUUCAUCCGCUCUGUCAUGGAAGCGAAGGUGGCGGAGGAUCUCUACUGGAAAUGA